AUGACGUGGCUGUCCCUUCCUCCUGCAGUAGCGCCCGUCAAGUGUUCUGUACUUCCGCUCAGCAAGAACAAAGAAUUUAGUCAGUUUGUCAAGAAGCUGUCGGAGUCUCUUACUGAGCUGGACAUCUCUCACAAAGUGGAUGACUCCAGCGGAUCAAUCGGUCGGCGUUACGCUCGAACCGACGAGAUAGCCAUUCCAUUCGGUAUCACUGUGGACUUUGAUACAGUGAACAAGGAACCUCACAGUGCUACGCUAAGAGAGAGGAACUCUACACGCCAAAUACGGGCGCAGAUUGACGAGUUACCCACUAUUGUCAGCAACCUUGUCCGUGGAAAGGUCACGUGGUCAGUAAUAGAGGCACAAUAUGGUCUGUUCGAAGGGCAGGAGACUGGUGCCAAGUAGGCGAUUCACUAAGCAGCCCCUGCAGAUUAUACGAAUUUGAAAACAGCCGAGGAAAUUGAGUGAUCCUACUACAACCUGCUCUAAAGCUAGUUGCGAGGCAAUACUGCUGAAAAGCAUGCACUCGAUUUGUUACGUUUUUCGCGAUUGUAGCAACACAGGCGUGGAAAGAUAAUAAAAUAUUUAAAUGCUA